UUGCUUCCCACCUCGGGAAGGGGGUCCUGGCCUAUCCCUCAAAGAAAGUUCCUCCGGGAUAGAGCGGUCUCCUGCUUCGGACUGCAGGUUCCCGGGCCCAAGUGCUGUCUCCCUUCAGACCCGUGCUUCCGGAGCCGGAAUGUCUCCCUUCCUUGAGGGUGCCAGGAGCAUUCCCGAAACCAGCGAGAAAACUUAAAGGUAAGGUAUACAAAGCGCGAGAUGCAGCCAGAGCCACCACCACGCGCCCGCAGGUUCUCUGCGCAUGCUCAAGAGUAACCCCCUAAACUCAACCUCAGGCCAGCGCAUAGUUGUAAAACUGACGUCAACCGCAAUGACUUCUGGACGCUGUAGUCCUACGUGUGGAUUGGCUGCCUGAUGACGGAGCUUCCUCGUGAUUGGAUGUCCCAAGACAGCGACUUAUUCAUCAGACUGGCAGUUGAGUUGGAAUUGGAUGGCGGAGGUAACCUCUCCAGUAAGCCUCAGAGCCGCUCCCUCUCAACAUGCACCUCCGGCUGUGCCCAAUGACACUACUGAAUUGACAUUUCGUGGGCACAGUCAACGGGUAAAAACUGGUGAGUCACAGACUCCUAUGUGGUAAUUCUGGCUAAGACGCACGUGGACAUCCUGGAUACCCAGAGAGGUCGGACCUCCUGGGGAGGGGGGUGAAGCUCUGAGACGGAGAGGCCAGGAAACCCGACUUGCCCAGGAUCAAGACGCCUGCUAGUGGGAAAGCCCACAUGAGCGCCAUGGCUCCUAGGAAGGCCGGCAGUCGGGUGGCCAAGACCAACUCGUUACGGAGCCGGAAGCUCGCCUCCUUCCUGGAGGACUUCGACCGUGAGGUGGAAAUACGGCUCAAGCAGAUUGAGUCGGACAGGCAGAAUCUCCUCAAGGAGGUGGAUAACCUCUACAACAUCGAGGUCCUGCGGCUCCCCAGGGCGGUGCGCGAGAUGAACUGGCUGGACUACUUCGCCCUUGGAGGAAACAAACAGGCCCUGGAAGAGGCAGCAACAGCUGACCUGGAUAUCACUGAAAUAAACAAAUUGACAGCAGAAGCUAUUCAGACACCCCUGAAGUCUGCCAAAACACGAAAACUAAUGCCAGUAGGUGAAAAGAUAGUGGAAGAGGAAGAAGAAGAAAAUAAACAUAAGACUCUUUCAACUGCAAGAGUCAAAAGGUGUCCUCCAUCCAAGAAGAGAACACAGUCCGUACAAGGAAAACGCAAAAGCAAAAGGUCAAGCCAUGGUAACACUAUUACCCCAGCUGUGGGCCGAUUAGAGUUGUCUAUGGUGAAACCAACUCCAGGCCUGACACCCAGGUUUGACUCGAGAGUCUUCAAGACCCCUGGCCUGCGCACUCCAGCAGCAGGAGAGCGGAUUUACAGUAUCUCAGGGAACGGCAGCCCUCUUGCUGACAACAAAGAGGUCUUCCUCACUGUGCCAGUGGGCAGUGGAGAGAGCGUGCGAUUAUUGGCUAGUGACGUGCAGAGGCUCAAUAUUGCCCAGCUGGAUCCAGAGGCCCUGGGAAACAUUAAAAAGCUCUCCAGCCGUCUUGCCCAGCUCUGCAGCAGCAUACGGACCCACAAAUGAGAAGCCACACUUUACAGGGUAGACCUUCACUGGAUUCUUCUGGAACCCUGAAAAGACUUCUUCCCUUCACGCUUAUUGUUUGAGUGUGAAGUUCCAGAGAAGGGAGUAGUGUUCUUCCUGAGGAAUUCGGGAAGGGGUAGACACACUGUUUCCACACCAGUUAGAUAAGACUUUGUUUUUCAUAUGUCCCAAUCCAAGUGACCCCAGCCACUGCCCACUGCGUCCAUGUGAUAGAAAAUUCCCGUCGUUCUCUCAGUUGAUAUCUCCCUGUUCUCUGACCUGCUGCCUUCUGCCUAUUGUCAUUUAGCAUCCUCUCUGCCCUGCCCGACCUGCGAUGGAGGUGGCAUAGAAGAACCCCAUGUUCUGGGGGAGACUGCUUCCCACACUCCUCCGACAGCUCUCUGCAUCUGGCAUUUCUGCUCUGUGUAUGAUUGGAGAUGGGAGUGUAGACUUAAAGAAGUGAGAGCUCUGAGCCAAGAAAGGGCAGGUUCAGAAAGUGGGGGGAACUGUACAGAUCAGGCCUGGACAGAAUAAGGUGGGUCACAGCAGUGAUCCCAGCAGCAGAACAUGCAUUUCUCCCCUCCCACACUCAUUCGGUUCUCGUCCUGUGGGGGUACUAAAUGGGGCUUUGGAAUCUUUCACCAGCUGUGCCCAGUAAUUCUUUUCAAGCUGACUGUGAACAGCUUUUUGUGUUUAUCCCUGUUUACCCAAGACCAAAAAUUGGUUUUGAGGCAGCUUCCAUGUGUUGCUUCUCUACCUCUCUAGUUAGUGAGAACUUGGAUAAUGGAUUUGUAGGGCUUAGAUUAGUCUAGGGUUUUGUGUGACUGGCCUCAGAGUCACUAUCUCUGAGUUUUCCAUGGUCCAGUGAUCUCUGCCAGGUCUGUAGACUCUGCAGAGAGCACUUCUCUCUCAAGGGGUUCAUCAGGGGGACAGAUGUGACUUGUCUGAUGGCCUCAUUUUACGUGUUUGACAUUGACUAUUUAUGCAGAGUCUGCAGUGAAAUCUUUGGGCUUCAGCCAACCUCUCUGCCCCCAAAUGAUCAUGGGCUGUGUUCUGAAAAUUUGGGAAUUAGAGUUCUCAUCCCCGGGCUUGAGGGAACACAGCAUUCUCAUGUAUGGCUCUUUGUUUUAUUUGGUAUUAUUUCAUGAGAUGACCAUUUUAAUGUUCAGUCCCUUUCUAGUUGAAUUCUGUUCAAGUUGCUUUAUUCUCCUUUUCCUGAGACUUUUGUACAUAUUGUUUUCCUGAGUGAUGGUAUCUCUAAACUGAUUUGUUCUAAUCAGCUACUGAA